AUGGCAUCAUCAUCAUCAUCAUCAUCCUAUUUGCUCCUCCUCCUCCUCAUUAAUAUCCUUGAAUGCCUCCUCCUCGCGCACUCGGUUCCUUACGACUCGUCGUUUAAUCCCGAGUGUUUGGCAACUCCUCCAAAGCCUCUAUACAAUGGAGGGAUGGUGGUAAACUCAGAAUUCAACCAAGGACUAAAGGGGUGGAGACGAUUCGGAGAAGCGAAAGUGGAGCACAGAAUAUCUUAUUCUGAGGAGGAUGGAUUAAACAGUUACAUUGUAGCCACGGAGAGGAAACAAUCGUAUCAUAGUUUCUCGCAGAAGUUCUAUCUUCAGAAAGGAAAAAUCUACACUUUCUCAGCUUGGGUACGAACGAGCCAUGAAAAGGCUCCCGUGGCGGCGGUUUUCAAAACAAAAAGGGCGGACUACAUAAAAGCGGGUUGGGGCAUGGCUGUAAGCGGGUGCUGGAGCAUGAUGAAAGGCGGGUUACACGUGAAUGCCUCUGGCUCGGCCCAUCUCUAUUUCGAGUCCGAAAAUACAGACGUUGAGAUUUGGGCAGAUAGCAUUUCGUUGCAAUCGUUCACCCGUGAAGAGUGGAAAUCUCACCAACAACAAAACGUGGAAAGAAGCUGGAAAAAGAUUGUGAAAUUCGAGGUAUUGGACAAUGAGGGAUUUCCGGUGGAGAAUGCGACAGUGAGCAUAAGCCAGCUCUACCAUAAUAUCCCUGUGGGCUGCGCGAUCAACCAAAACAUCCUUGGAAACCAGGCCUACCAAGACUGGUUCACAUCAAGAUUCUCGUACACGGUGUUUGAAAACGAGAUGAAAUGGUACUCCACCGAGCAAUCCCAGGGCGUGGAGAACUACGCGGCGGCGGACGCCUUGCUCCAGUUUGCACAAAACCACGGCAUUUCUGUGCGAGGCCACAAUAUUUUGUGGGACGACCCCAAGUGUCAGCCCAGUUGGGUCCCUGGACUCUCUGGAGAGGCCCUGUGGGGGGCGGCUAACCGGAGGACUGAAUCGGUGAUGAGUCGAUACCAGGGGAAGUUGAUCCAUUGGGACGUGAUGAACGAGAAUCUGCACUCCCACUUCUAUGAAGACAAGUUGGGACCCUCUGCUUCGACUAAUUUCUACCAGAAGGCGCGCAAGUUAGACGGGCAGGUGACCCUUUUCAUGAACGACUUCAACACAAUCGAGGAACCCGGAGACUAUGCAUCCUCACCGGCUAAUUACGCGCAGAAGAUACAGGGUUUGAAGGCCAGUGGAGUAACCGGUUUAGGUAUCGGGCUGGAGGGCCAUUUCGCACACCAAGAGCCCAACCUUGCCUACAUUAAGGCUUCGAUAGAGACGCUUGCGGCCCAGGGGGCGACCAUUUGGGUCACGGAGCUGGAUGUCGCGCAGGGGUACAACCAGGCAACGUAUCUAAGCAAGAUUAUAGACGAGCUUCAUUCCAACCCGGCCGUGCAGGGGAUCAUGUUCUGGUCCGCUUUCAGUCAGCAGGGCUGCUACCAAAUGUGCCUUACCGACGGUAAUUUCAACAACCUGCAAACAGGGAAUGUCGUUGAUAACUUUCUUAAUCAGUUGAAGCAUGCGUAUGAUUCUAUGUCCGGAACUACAGACUCGAAUGGCUUCUUCCAAAAGUCCCUUUACCAUGGUAAGUAUGAGGUCAGGAUAAGUCGCCCGGAUCGACAUGGUCAAGAUGAUGUACAACAUAUUCAUGUCCUGCCACAACAACAACAUCAUCAUCAUCGUCAAAAUUUUGAUGAUGAUCACAGGCCAUACCAGCUGCAUACAGUUACUCUCGCCCCUACUACUGCUAAUAAUCACAAUUAA